UCUAAAAUUAGAAAAGAACCAGCAAUCGUUCCAGAUAUUACUCACGACUUGAAUGACAUCACGAACAAAAACAACACAGGAUCACAAGAGAAAAAGUCAUUUUAUAAAUCUUAUUUUGACAAACUAGGGUUCCAGAAUUAUACACAGACAAAAUGGACAAACAUUUAUUUAAUCUUAAAUUUGCUGCCAAAGAUCUUGAGAGAAAUGCCAAAAAAAGUGAAAAGUCAGAAAGAGAAGAAAAGACAAAGUUGAAAAAGGCAAUUCAGAAAGGUAACAUGGAGGGGGCCAAAAUCCAUGCAGAAAGUGCCAUACGACAAAAGAACCAAGCACUUAAUUAUCGUAGAAUGAGUGCUAGAAUUGAUGCUGUAGCUGCUCGAGUCCAGACAGCUUUAACCACAAAACAGGUGACAGGAUCUAUGGCAGGUGUUGUGAAGUCUAUGGAAUCUGCAAUGAAAUCUAUGAAUUUAGAAAAGGUAUCACAGUUAAUGGACAGAUUUGAAACCCAGUUUGAGAACUUAGAUGUGCAAUCACAAGUAAUGGAGAACACCAUGUGUAAUUCCUCAACAUUAACCACACCACAAGGAGAGGUGGAUGGCUUAAUGCAACAAGUAGCAGAUGAAGCAGGACUUGAGUUAAAUAUGGACCUACCAUCAGCUCAGGGGUCAGCAAUUGGGACUGCAUCAUCAACACAAGCAUCAUCAGAACAGGAUGAAUUAUCAAAUAGACUGGCAAAAUUACGGCAGAUGUGAAGAUAUAAUGGAUAUAGGAACAUGGAUAAUUAUAGCGCAUUAUAUUUCAUUUCUAGCAAAAGAUCAAAACUGUGAAUUCCAUAGACACUUAUCUUCUGAUUCAUACAAAAUCUAUUACAUGAUAAGUUUAUGCAACAUAGAAUAAUUAAAAAGGUGCUUUAUAAUGAUAACUAGAUUCAAUUAUUUGUUUUACAAAAUAUUAUGAAAAUAUUCGGCAAAAGAUAUUGUUGGACUUUUCUUCACUGACUUAUUAGUUAUUAAAAAUUCAAAUCAAUAUACUGGUAAUAAAACAAAACUUGGUUUAUCUCUAAAUGUAGUUUCAUCAUGAAGUAGAUGAUAUUUGUCUUAAUUAUGUCUUGAAAAAUCAAUGUAAAUGAAAAACUAAAAAAAACACCCUUCCAAGACAAAAUAAUCAUCUAAUGUUUUAUUAUUGUUCAAAUGGGAAUGAAAGUAGAUUGAAUAAAAAUACACAUAUUACACUUUUAAUGUCCAUAUUAUUAUGAUUUUACAAUGUUUUAUUAUGUAAUUGUGUACAAAUAAUAUUUUGUCUGUACAUUUUCUCUUUGUUAUAUUAGACAUGUUGUAUGAGUGAAUGUUACAUAAAGUACAUAUUUAUUA